ACCCAAUCUCCGUCAAGCUUCAAUUAGGGUUUUCAAUUCCUGGGUCUUCUUUGGGUGUUUCCUCGUUUUCCUCUUCUCCACCUUCCGUCCGAUUCCCCAACCAGAAAAACCCUCCGCGAGUUCCGGCGAUCGGAGACUCAACCAUGACCGGCAAGGCCAAGCCGAAGAAGCACACGGCGAAGGAGAUCGCCGCCAAAGUCGACGCCGCCACCACGAAUCGCGGCGGCGGAAAAGCCGGCCUUGCCGACCGCGUCGGUGUGGAGAAGGGCGGUCACGCGAAAUACGAGUGCCCGCACUGCAAGAUCACCGCACCGGACAUCAAGUCGAUGCAGAUUCACCACGACGCCGAGGAGUCCAAGCUCUCCAAUCUCCACGCUACCCAUGCCGCCGAAACGUCCAAGGCUCGCCCCGGCGUUCGCGGCAGCCACAAGAAGUGAAAAGUUUCGUCUUGAUCUCGCUGAUCGAUCGAGGGGUUUGUUUGAAUGUUAUCGUAUUGAUGGAAAUCUAUAUAAUGACUUCGUUGGGCUUUUUCUGUUGUUUGGGGAAGCGUCUGGAGAAAAAAAAGUGGGUCCUUUGUUGUUUCUCGUCUCUUGUUUAGGUAGUACUUGAUAAAUCUGGGAUUUAUGGUGAUGAUCAUAAUGAUGAUGUAUAUUACCGAUUAUACUCUCUUGCUGGUUAUAAAGAUGGUGACGAUGAGAUUUCUAUUUU